AGGUGUAAAAAAGCUAAAUCCUCUGAUAAAACUCGAAAUGCACAGACUAAAUGUUUUAUACAACCAAAGAUUUUUGUCAUGUAAAACCCCUUCUAGUUUAUGGAAACUUUUUAAAGAAAUAACUAGCGGUAAGCGGUGUAAUUCUGUACAAUCUCUUAAUGUUAAUAAUCUUAAUAAGUCUUUCAUACGCUCCUCUGACGAUAUCCUUCCUAAUGAUACAAAUCACAUAGACAAUAAUUUUAAUGGUUUUAAUACCCUUGAUGUGCUUAAAUGUCUCCGUUCUCUUAAGCCUUCCCAAAGCCUUGGUCCUGAUGGCGUACCUGCCAUUGUCCUCAGGAACUGUGCUGAUAUUUUGUGUUACCCUCUUACUAAUAUUUUUAAUGCUUCCUUUUCCAGUAAUGUUCUACCUUCUGCAUGGAAAAACAUUAAAAUUGUCCCUAUACCAAAACAAUCUUCUGGUACCGAUAGUAAAUUUAGGCCUAUUGCAAUUACUUCUCCUUUUUUAAAAUUGAUGGAAAAACUACUUUUACUUCGUCUUGAACCUUCAUUGAAAGCUUUUAAUGACCCUAAGCAAUUUGCAUAUAAACAUGGUAGAAGUACCUUGGAUGCUGCGGUUGUCUUAUAUCAUAAUGUUGUUUCUUGUUUAGACAAAGGUGCCAAAUAUGUCCGUGGUGCUUUCCUAGACUACACAUCUGCGUUUGACUCUGUACCUAGGGGCCUUUUAUUAAAUAAGCUCUCCUUGACGCACACAGCAUCCUGGGCUAAGAGUUGGUUGCAUUCUUAUUUUUCUGAUAGAAUGCAGUAUACUGCAUAUAAUGGCAAAUCUUCUUCUGCUUUGCUUACAAAAGCCGGUGUUCCUCAAGGUGCCGUCCUCUCUCCCUUUCUUUUUUCUUUCUUCUUACAUGACCUGCCACAUUUAAACGAAACCAAUUUUGUCAAAUAUGCUGAUGAUCUGACUGUAUCACUGCCUAUCACUUCUGAGUCUGACUGCUCCAAACUUAAUAGCUUUUUGUUGGACAUCAGCAUGUGGUCUAAGUCAAAUGGUCUUAUGUUAAAUCCUUCCAAAUGUCAGGCAGUUAACUUUACCUUCAACCAUCGACGUGACAUACAUGAACUAGUUAGUUCCCAUGAUGCCUGUAGCAUAGAUGGUACAGAAAUUGAAACCAAAUCAAGCAUUAAAUACCUUGGAUUAGUUCUUUCCUCGGACCUUUCAUGGUCAUCUCACAUUUUAUUGGUCUCUAAGAAAAUGUUUCGUCUUACCUUCUACAUUAAAAAGUUAAGACAACAAGGUAUCAGCCAACCUUUAGUUCUGCGAUUUUUAAACUCCUGUAUUUUACCCAUUUUACUUUAUUGUUCUCCAUUAAUCUUUCCUGGGCUUCUUAAAAAAGACUAUGCCGUAUUACGAAGGGUAUUAAAUGCUGUGAGUAGGGCUUGUGGUUUGCCACUGCGUGAUCUCGCCAAUACCAUAGUCGAGAGACACGUAAAUUCCUGUAAAAAUUGGGCAAAGGCCGUACUGUCAGACCCUCUGCACCCUCUUUAUUCACAAUUAUCCCCUUGUAUCUCAUCAGGUAGAACGAGAAGUCAAUAUAAGAAAUUAUAUGCUCGUACCACUAAGUACAAAAAUUCUACAAUACCGUACUUAGCCCGUAUUUUAUGUGAUGAAGACACUGUUAGACGUGAAACAUAUAAGUUACUAUGUAAUUAGCAUAGUGAAUCGACCCUUUCAUUGUUCAUCUUUCUGUAAUUCUAUGGUGUCACCCUUUCUAUCGUUUAAUUAUAACUUUGCUAUUUUUAUUUUAGUUGUUAUUACUAUUAUUACUAUAAUUUUAUAUUUUUCUCCUUAUCCUCUACUGUAAUUGCUACAUAGCUCCUAUAAAAACGUUUUGUUAUCAUUAUUAUGUAUUAAUUAUUCCGUUUAUCUACUUUUUUUGUUUGUUGUUGUCGUUUUUGAGUAAAUUAGAUGCAAUACUGUACUGAAUGCUGAAAAUUCCUUGCUGUAUCAUUAAUACUGUUUUUGGAAUAAAGCAAAAUUAUUAUUAUUAUUAUUAUUA